GAGACUUUUUAAAUGAAAAUGCACUAAAAAUCCUUAAUUCCACCAUUCACCGUCUACCAUGGAGAAACUGCCCAUGAUUCUCCGGGGAGACAGCCACAUGAUUCACUCAGCAUUGAAUACUGAAACAUAAAAAAGGAACGAAAUGGUUCUCAACCGCUGAACGGCCGAAAGCCUGGCGUCUCCACGCCGCGGAACGUUCUGCAAGCGCUAAGGGAAGGCGGGGGUGCACGUUGAGGGGCGGACGGUGGAAAAGGAAGCUCCCGCGGUCUCUCCGUUUUGGCAACCAGGCCGUGGGUCAAGUUUCGGCUUCUGGGGCCAGCGGUCGGUCUGGGCGAGAGGCACAGACCCGGAUUCGCAUCCUGACAGGGCCCUGACCGGCCAACCGACGUUGGCCGAGGUGACGAGGCUCUUCGGCACCCGCACCGGCCCUCCGCAGGGUACCCCGCCGUCCGCUCCGUGGCGUCCGUGAGGCCGGACUCUUGGGUGCCAGGGCUCCUGGGCGCCAGGGCCAUGUUUCCCGGGGCCGCUCUCAGUGACGCACCAACCGGAAGUGACAGUGUUGUGGCGGAAGGAGGCGCUUUCUGGGAGUAGCCGGUGCUGAGUGAACCGUGGCCGGCAAAGAUGAUUCAGGCGAUUCUCGUUUUCAACAACCAUGGAAAGCCGCGGCUAGUCCGCUUCUACCAGCGUUUCCCAGAGGAAAUUCAACAGCAGAUUGUUCGAGAGACUUUCCAUCUAGUCCUCAAGCGAGAUGACAACAUUUGUAACUUCUUGGAGGGUGGAAGUUUGAUUGGUGGCUCAGACUACAAACUGAUCUACCGGCACUAUGCUACCCUCUACUUUGUAUUUUGUGUGGAUUCGUCAGAGAGUGAACUUGGAAUCUUGGACCUCAUCCAGGUUUUUGUGGAGACUCUGGAUAAGUGUUUUGAAAAUGUGUGUGAAUUGGAUUUGAUCUUCCAUAUGGAUAAGUGCAAUUGCUGGGUCAUAGAUGAGGCUUCUAGAAGGAAGAAAUGGGAAGCACAAAGGCACCAGCAGGUGCACUACAUUCUCCAGGAGGUGGUGAUGGGUGGGAUGGUGUUGGAAACAAACAUGAAUGAAAUUGUGGCUCAGAUCGAAGCUCAAAACAGGCUGGAGAAAUCCGAGGGUGGCCUUUCAGCAGCCCCUGCACGGGCCGUGUCUGCCGUGAAGAACAUCAACCUGCCUGAGAUUCCUCGGAACAUCAACAUUGGCGAUCUCAACAUUAAAGUUCCCAACCUGUCCCAGUUUGUCUGAGGGUCAGGGAUUGGGCUGAAAUUGAGUCCUUAAGGCAAGCAAAGAUGAGCACGUCUGCAAACAGAACCCAUUUUGAGCCUUAGAAGAGGGAAGCCUCAGAUCCCAGAACCUUUGUGUCUGGGGAAGACUGUUUGACUUGGAAUGGGGACGGGAUUCCUGUUGACCCAGUUCUCACAUGUGCAGCCAUGCCGCUCUCUGAUGCACACGGCCCUGCAGAUGUGAGGGGCCCUGCCUUCCUCAGCAGGAAGUCAGUGUGCCCAAGCCACCUGGACCUUUACCUCUCAUACAGACGCUCCCAAGGGAGUGUCCUGCUUCCCAGAACCUCCUCACUAGGGCUGAGCCCCUUCUCUCACUAGAGUCUUCAUCCUUAGUACCACAGGCUUCUGAGGUCCCGUGGCCUUCCCUUGCUGGUGAGGGGUCAUAGGUAGGUAGAAAAGGCCUGGCCCUACAGAUCUGGGGAUGUGGUAAGUGCAAGUAAGGACAGGAUUUUAGGAGAAUCAGAGUCACCCACUGGCUAUACUGAGAUUGUUAUACUCAGAAUCCUUUUGUGUUUCUUUGAGAUAGAGUCUUGCUCUGUUGUCCAGGUUGGAGUGGCAGUGGCAGGAUCUCAGCUCACUGGAACCUCCACCUCCUGGGUUCAAGCAGUUCUCCUGCCUCAGCCUUCCCAGUAGCUGGGAUUACAGGAACCCACCACCAUACUUGGCUAAUUUUUGUAUUUUUAGUAGAUACAGGGUUUCACCAUGUUAGCCAGGCUGGUCUUGAACUCCUGACCUCAAGUGAUCCAGCCACCUUGGCCUGCCAAAAUGCUGGCUUUACAGGCAUGAGCUUCUGUGCCCGGCCUCCAGAAUCCUCUUGUAUUGUCAUACCUUUUGAUUACCGCCUCAUGAAGAAGAUGCUUCCUGCACUGUCCCAGUCCCACUUGUGUUCUCACAGGUGUUAUGUGCAGGACACAAUCCAAAUCAUAAAGCUAGCACAGGCCCACCACAUUCCUGCUAAUAGGGAGAGGGACCCUCUCCACCCACACAUGCCAGUGGUUCCUACUCACAGAGGAGAGGUCCUGUGACUGUAGAAGGUUAAAGCUGACAACAUGUGGAACAUCCAGAAUUAUGACUCUUCCCAAGUUUAAAAUACAUUCUCCUCACGGGAACAGAAGGUUCGUUAUGUGUUAUGAAUGAGCUGCCUCCCUUGGAAACCCACUGCCACCUGUGCCAGCUUCUGGAGGGUGGGAACCUGAGCUGGUGUCGCCCUUUUGGGGCCUGGACAUGACACACACUGGCUGAAACUAGGAACAAGGCUGCCUCAUUCUUUGAGUCUCUCAUCGGACUCUGUGGAGACUGCAGUCAGUGGCUCUGUGAUACAUGGAGUAGUUAGAGGACGGCAACCCAUUUCCUACUUCUACCUGAGCACAUCACGCCUUGCUGGGCCAUACCCCAAACAGGCCUUUCUGCUAGGCCUGGCCAUGGCCCCGCACUUGCCACAUUGAGGAUUAAGUCAGGGUAUCUUGAGCCCUCUCAGAUCCUUGUUUAUUCAGGCCUCUGCCACAUAUAGAGCCAGCCGUCUCUCCCCACCACCUCCACAACCAUGGAGCCCACUUGCUAAGACCCUCUUGGCCCAGCUUCACCAGAAAAGACAGCAGGGGAGCCAGGCUUGAACCAGCGCAGCUAAAUCUCAUCUUGUGGACCAGUCUUUAGUAAGCGCUUUCCAAAUAGGAUACAGCAAUGAUAGGAAUAUUCAGAUCAGUGGUGGGGCCGGUCCGAGUUCAGCAACAGCCAAACUGGAGAGUCUGAGGUAUGAGAGUCCCAGAGGGAUUUGUCGGCUCCUGGCAGAUGUCCUGAUUUUCACCUUCCUGAGUCUCCCUUCCCACAAGAGGGGGCCAGUCCCACUGUGGUGAUUGUUAGCCCAGGGUGCAGCGUACUCACAUGCCAGCACAGUGGCGUUGACGCUGGCAGGCUGGUGAAUGCCAUCUUCAGGAUUACGACUCUCUCCCUUCUCUCCAUCUGCAGUCUUUCAGCAGAAGUUGGCAGAUGUGAAACAGGCCCCCUGUAGGGAAGUAGUUCCAUGAAAAUGAUUAAUUCUUUCCAAAAGACUUAAAAUUACUUCCUACUUCAAUUUUUCCUUUCAAAAAAUGAACUACAUUCAUGUAGUUCAAAAUUUAAGAAAACGAAAGUCUGUUCAGCAAAAGAGACCCACUCUGUUUCCCCAAACACUGAGCCCCUUGCCCCAUGCCCCAUCCUGGUAGCAAGAGGUGUUUCCAGUUUAAAGGUUAAGAAAGAAAGUCCCGGCUGGGUGUGGUGGCUCACACUUGUAAUCUCAGCACUUUGGGAGGCCGAGGCAGGUGGAUCACCUGAGGUCAGGAGUUCAAGACCAGCUCGACCAAUAUGGUGAAACCCCAUCUCUAAUUAAAAAAAAAAAAAGUCCCUGGAUUUUGAUUUGGGAUGUCUUCUUGAGAGUGUGCACUGUGUUCCAUUUGGCCCUGGUGGUUGACCUUGGCCCACUAGGAUCAUGCUGCCCUCUCCAGGGAGGAGGGCCUCCCCCUCACUCCGUGCAGUGGCACCCCUGCCUGGCACUGCCUGUCCUUGCUCAGCGUAACUUUCCUGUGGCACUCUGACAGACCAGAGAUUUGGUUUCUGAAGUGACUGGCUGUUUACCCCUGCUGGGAUAUGAGUCCAUCCAGGGCGGGGGGGCUCAUCUCUUGUUCAGCGCUGCAUCCCAGCCGCUGUGCACCAUGCCUGGUCCAUGGUGUUCAAUAAAUCACUGUUGGAUGAGUGAACGGCUGAGGCAAAGGGCAGCUCAUUCUCACAGUCUCAGCCUGCGCUCUCCAGGGCCCUGUGCUCAGCACUUGGGAAGGAGAACCAAGAUGGUGGUGUUGGGAGCAGGAGGUGGGGAGGACCCGAUGGUGGCUCGUGGAGCUGAGGGAGAGGAGGAUGGCAGAGCUGGUGUUGGCAGUUGGAGACCAUGUAACGAGGAGGCCCAAGGAUGGGGCUCUUGAGAGGGAGGGAAGAGUUUGGGAGGGCAGCAGGCAGGAGUGGAGAGAGAGGGAGGGGGCCGUUAGGGCAGCAGUGAGGAAUUUGGAUGUGGAUGUGGAACGCAUUAGAUUGGGGUUGCCCAGGCAUCUGCAGACAGAUGUCCACCAGCCAGCUGGGAAACUGAGUGGGCAGGAGAGGAAGUGAGUGUCCACCCACAGAUGUUGAUUGGAGCUGUGGUCGAGGGACAAGAGGGUUGAGGACAGAGCCAUGGGCAGGGGAGAGAGGAGCAUCCGGACAGUGGGGCGACUUCACAUCAAGAGGGCACUUUCAACAGGGAGACCAGGAAGAGAUGGUCUCAGGCCAUCUGGCUUUCAUCCAUUCUGCAAAGAAUGGAUGAAAAGGGAGAAAGGAAAAAUUCUCAGGCCCAGUUAGCAGACCUUUGGUGGUGGCCCAGGCCAGACCAGGGCAGGACAAUGGGAUAGAGAGGAGUGGAGGAUUUGCGGGACAUUCUGGGGUUAGAAUCGACAAGACUUGGGGAUUGUCACUGGGCAGGGAGGGAGGCAUGAAGAAGGGAGGGACGGGAUGACCAGGGCCUUGGUGGAUCUGAGGGCCUUGCUGUGGGUGGGGCAUUGUGGGAGGAGCAGGAUGGAGGGAUAACUUGAGUCUACAGAGAACGCCCAGCACAGGAGGAGGCAACCCAUUCAGAGAGGAGGCUGGGAUUAGGGGAGUGUGGAGGCCAGGGGAGGAGGAGGAGGCUGGGAUUAGGGGAGUGUGGAGGCCAGGGGAGGAGGAGGAGGCUGGGAUUAGGAGAGUGUGGAGGUGGGAGGGGGAGGCUGGGAUUAGGAGAGUGUGGAGGUGGGAGGGGGAGGCUGGGAUUAGGACAGUGUGGAGGUGGGAGGGGGAGGCUGGGAUUAGGACAGUGUGGAGGUGGGAGGGGGAGGCUGGGAUUAGGACAGUGUGGAGGUGGGAGGGGGAGGCUGGGAUUAGGACAGUGUGGAGGUGGGAGGGGGAGGCUGGGAUUAGGAGGGACUGGAGGCCAUGGGAGGAGGCUGGGAUUAGAAGAGUGUGGACGCCAUGGGCAGCCAGUUUCUGGGGCUCAAGGGGAUGGAUUGUCAGUGGGUGGAUGCAGAGUGGGCUGUGGCCAAGAAUGAUUGAGAUUUGGUGCCUGGUGGGUUUAGCUAGUCUCUUAAGUUUCCAAAAUGGCCCCCACUCACCAGGCUCUGAGUGGAGGACUCUGGCCCAGCUGGGGGUGAUGACGCCUGGGACAGCAGGCCAGGGUCAUGUGUGAAGCCCCUGCAUAACUUCCAGUUUGUAGAAGACGCUGAGUAAUAAUAGAGCAGCCAAAUAGACAUUCCUCCUGCCUAAAAUGGGUACUGCAACCUCUGACUCCCAGGUUCAAGCAGUUCUCCUGCCUCAGCCUCCUGAGUAGCUGAGACUACAGGUGGAUGCCACCACACCUGGCUAGAAACCCUAUGCUUUUUAACCUUGGGUGGGAGGUGACUAGCACACCAAGGGGCCAGGAGUGAGGGUCCUAGGAUUGAACAUGGGCUAUAAGGAGAAACCCAGAGGCAGCCCCUGCUUAAAUGUGAUGUUACAAAGAGUGACACCUGGGACGAGGAGAAGGCAGGCCAAUGCCAGCCCCACAGAGUUCUCAGAGCAGCUCCUGGUGCCCUGGACGAGAGGGUAUAGCACAGCAUCGUGGAGGUCAGGGGCCACUUUGGACCUGCUUGGGCGAGCCAGCUAUCCAUAUUUCAGUCAUGUCACGGGGCAGUCAAGCAUAGCCAUCAUUAAAAAUUAAAUUACAUAAGCUCACAAAGUA